CACAGCCUCACAAUCCCCUUUACAAUUAGGAAGACACCUAUUCAGCACCGCUCGGGCAGCGCCGGGGCUUUUGUUCCUUCUCUUCUCCGCCGGCCGAGCUCUCCCCGGUGCCUCCGCUCGGCUCCGAGCAGCGCUCGGCGCCUCCUGAAGUUGCUUUGCAGGAUCCCCCCCCCCAAAAAAAAGAAUCGCUGGAGUCCCGCGGGUGAGGCUGCGGGAGGAGAGAGGAGGGGGGAAGAAAAGCAGGAGAAAAAAAAAAGGAGGAAAAAAAGUAAGACGGCGUUUUUUUCUCUCGCUUUCUUUGUCUGGAGCGUUGCCUGCAGGAGCUGCGUGCGUGAGGGCGAGUGGGGGCACCGGGGGAACGCUCAGCCCGCGGUGGGAUCGGCGCUGAGCACACGCGGAGCACCCGCAGGCACCUGCAUCCCCCCGCUCCCGGCUGCCUUUCCUGGGCAGCAUCCCCGGGGAUGCCAGCCUGGAGCAUCCCAAAGCGAUCCGAGCCCUCAGUCUGUGCCGAGAACGUGGGAAUAUAUGGAUUUAAUUCUCCUGGCGGUGUUGUAGCCGAAGGGUGGCUGUGGCUUGCUGCGGCUCUGUUCUUGUGGAGGUAGCUGGUGAGCUUGGGGAAAAAUUAAAUUGGCUUUGUUUUGGGUGAGAAUAAUCCCGAGCUGGUGAAAAUUCAUCUCUGUGUGAAUAUCUGUGAGGUGUGUGUGUAUAUUCAUGCUACAUCCCCAUUAUUUAUGUUGACAGAGAAUUACAUGCAACACAUGUUAAGGCAGUUAUCAGUUAAUUACACGUGAGCUCGUUAACGGUUGGGUUCCGCCGGGGCUGGAAUGGGUGCUCCCGUACCCGAAUUUACGUUUUAAGUUUUUCGUCUCUCCCAGGUGAGGCGGGGGGUUCGCAGGACUGGGCUCUGCGUGCGUGCGAACGCUUUGGCAUUGUUUAUAGCGGGAACAAACCCCACGGAGCCUCUGCCUGCUGCAGAAGGUGCGUCUUGCUUUCUGAAGGGCAGAGAGCCGAUCUGCCGCUGCCUGCGCCUGGCUGGAUAUCCCCGGAUCCUGGAAGGAUGCGGGAGGAAGUGGCCGGCAGGGCUGGGGGUGCUGCUGGAGCCGCAUCCCAGCGAUUCCUUCCUCCGGCUGCAAACUUGCAGCUCCAAGCCCCGAGCUGGAAGAGGGAGAGGGAGAGGGAGAAGGAGAGGGAGAGGGAGAGGGAGGCUCUCCGGGUCCUCUCCGAUGAGGUAAUCCCAAAGAAAGAUAAGGGAAGCAGCUCGUGUAUCAACCUGAGCGGUGAUGUCAGCCAGAAGAAAGCAGAUUAAGGACUUGGAGAGAGGAAUUGCCGCGAUUUUGGUGUCACCUGAUUGCUGCUGUUCGUUCAGGUCUCCCGGGGUCGCUCCCGAGCCUCUCCUGCUCCGGGGGAUGCCCCAGUUCACCUUCGCCUGUUUCUGUGGCCUCCACGGCUUCUGCAAGAUGAAGAGGAAGAAGGAAGAGGCCAGCGGGGGGCAGGAGACGGCCGUGUGAGGAGCAGCCCGGGACCCCAUUCCUGUCCCCUGGGAAGGCCAGGGAAGAGCCAAAGCCCAGGAAUGACCUCGCCGAGGAUGUCACCCAGGUCCUGGUGCUGGAAUUGUCCUGGUGAAUGAGGGAUCCUGGUGCUGGAAGGGUCCUGGUGGAUAAGGGAUCCUGGUGCUGGAGGGAUCCUGGUGCUGGAAGGGUCCUGGUGGAUAAGGGAUCCUGGUGCUGGAGGGAUCCUGGUGCUGGAGGGAUCCUGCCCGGCCCCGGGCACUCAGCUGGAAGGCCACGAGCAGCGGCUGCAGGAGGAAAGCCAGGGGAAAGCUGCAGCCUGAGCUCCUCAUCCUCUACCACCUUCCUAAAGCUUCUGCUGGAGAUGGGAAAAAGGAGCUGAAUAUCACCCUGGAGAUCCUGAGGCAGACAUUCCCCAGCAGGACAGAAUUCCAGCCCGCUCCACCUGGAGCACUGGACUCACCACGGGCCCUGCUUGCUCCAGGCAGGGCAAUUCCUGCAUCCAAGGAAUGGAUCCUGCAGCCAAGAGAAAAAAACCCCAAACAACAACAACAAAAAAACCCUUUAAAAUUUUUUUUCCCCAGAAAUCACCUGGUCAAAGCUGUCCUUUCUCCCUGCCGUGGGCAGGAUUUUCUUCCAGCUGCUUCCAGUCUUCCUAUGGUCCAAAAUAGUUUGCGGCUGCCCCAAAACUCGGCGUUUUUCCAAAUGUUAUUGCAAGGACAGGGCCCAGGCAGCUCCAGGUGGGCCCAGGGAAGCUCCCGUUGCUUUGGGAAAAUGCUGACUUUGUCUGCUCCUAUUUUUGCACAUCAGCAGAUCCUCCCGAAUUCCACCUUGGCAUCCCCAGCGCUGCCCUUGGCGAGGACCUUCGGGAUCAGCUCUGGGCCAAACAAAAAUCCGAGGAAGUUGGCGGAACUCACAGGGCAUUUCCUGAAUGUAACUUCGUUUUUGCACAAGGAUUCCUGGUGGCCACACGAGCAAUACAUUUAAAGACUUCAUUUGGGGUUAAUCUGGAGUUUAUCACAAGUGUAAAGAUGAGGGUGGAAUUCCAGCCUUGUUUUCUUCCAGGAUAAAUCCAGAGGGACAGCCUGACACCGAGAUACGUAGAAAAAUAUUAAUUAUGCAGAAAUGACCUUGGACUGGCUCCCAACCCCCAGAUUUUUCCUGUUUCUCCAGGUUUUUUCCUAUGCAAGAACACACAAAAAAACCAGCAAAACCAAAGCCAGCCUCAUAGCAGGUCCUGACUCCACAAAGCCCUACUUAAACCUGAGGCUUUGCUUCGGGAUUUUGCUCCACCCCAUCAAUUUUCCUGAUUCCAGCCUGCAUCGAUCCCUGGAAAAGAAGGAAAGGCACAGAACCAUCCUCGAGCCUCUCCCUCCUGCUCCCUGACACGGAUCAAAGAAUUUAAUCUCUUUUUAUUGUCUUUUUUUUUUCUUUUUUUAAAUCCCAGCUGCCCGGAUUUCAUCGGGAAGGGACUCCUGAGAUGUUCCUCGGGAAUCUCCCGGCCCCAGGAGCCAUAGGAAUCCGUACUGUACAUUUAUUUUUGGGGGGGUUGGGUUUUUUUGGGGGGGGGGGGGAGAAAAUAACCGUGGCGUUUGUAAAUAAGCACGGGCGUCUUCCACGCACAGAGCAGAGCGCUUCCUAUCGGAAUUCCUAUGCCAGAGGAAGAAAUAAAUAAACAAACCAAUUAAUUAAUUAA